AUGCUUGUGGUAAGGAAGCAAACAUCAGGCAACGGUUUGUUCUGCAACAUGUGUAAGUACAUGUAUUUGAUGUCUGAGGAAAUAUCAAAGAAGACUUGCAUGGAGCCAAAGAAAAGUGAAGGUCUGAUAGAUGAGCAAGAAAAUGCAAAGUUUGUUAUGAAAUGUGGUAAAAAAUGCGAUUGCGGAUCAGAGCAGGUGUCCUUUGUUGAGCUUCAGACACGAAGUGCAGAUGAGCCCAUGACUAUCUUUUACAAAUGCAUGGAAUGCAAAAAGGUGUGGAAAGAAUAA